AUGCCGUCAGGCAUACAGGGCGGUGAGAGCCGUGGCCGUGACUGCAAGUUCUUGCCUGAACUUUUCAUCCACGUCAAGAUGCGACCUGCGCUUAUUCGAACGCUAUCCAUCCGGCCUGGAGCCCUGAGAUCUACACGAACAUCAUGGACGCGAGCUUUUGCAUCGUCCUCGCGUCGGUAUGAGAUGCGAGAUAUUGAGACGCUCCCUCAACGACUGAUACCCAAAUACCAAGAAUUCCAAGAAGGUGACCUUCUCUCUCUACACUGGCCCGCGCCUCUCAGGAAUAUCUUUGUGGUCAAAAAGAAUUGCGUCCCGGAGGUCACAGAGUCUCUGAUCGAAUUUGCAAACCAUGUCAUGUCCACAUAUCCGUUGGUCGCCAUCAUUCUAGAGCCCAAAACGGCAGCAGAGGUGCAUUCAUCCCUUCCUUUUCCCGUCUACACGACCCAGCUGGACCGGCUGCCGGCUGCGCUGCACAAGAAGGCGGAUCUUACUGUUACUCUUGGAGGAGAUGGUACCAUCUUACAUGCCUCAUCGUUGUUUGCUACGUGCUACAAUGUACCCCCUGUCCUGUCGUUCAGCAUGGGCACCUUGGGGUUCUUAAGUGAAUGGAAGUUCGCCGAGUACAAGCGCGCAUUUCGCGAAGUAUACAUGUCCGGGGCGGGAGUUGGGGACCGGGCACCCGUGCUGGAGGGCCGCGACUUGACUGUAGCAGACGACGGGCUGCCGCCGGGGAUAGGCCCAACCGGAUGGUCCUCGAUCCGUGGAAAGUCGAUGGGAUCGAGCCGUGGCGCUCACAUUCUGAUGCGGAAUCGUCUAAAGGUAGGGCUAUUCACAGCCGACGGGAAACCAGUUCAACGGAACGAGGAAUCCGUUCCCAUGCAGGGGACCUUGGGCAGAGAGGGGGUAUAUGUGAUGAACGAGGUGCUUCUCCACCGUGGAAAGGAGCCGCAUCUUGCCGUGGUGGAUGUGUACGUCGGCGGACGGUUUCUGACGGAGGCCGUCGCGGACGGCAUCAUCAUCUCGACGCCCACCGGAAGUACUGCCUAUAGCCUCAGUAGUGGAGGGAGUAUCGUACAUCCAUUGGUGCCGUCCGUUCUGCUCACCCCGAUCUGCGCGCGGAGCCUUAGUUUCCGCCCUUUGGUUCUGCCGUCCAGUACGCCAAUCACACUACGCUUGAGUGAGAAGAACCGGGGCCGGGAGCUGGAGAUGAGUAUUGACGGUGUCAAUAUGGGACAGGGAAUGGCGGUUGGCAUGGAAGCCCGAGUGUGGAAUGAAGAGAUGCGGCACGGCAAGAAUGAAUGGCAAGGCGGCGUCCCGUGCGUGAUGCGCAGGAUCGUGGGUGGCGAGGCGCAUGAUGGCUGGUUAAUUGCUCCUGAGCCAAAUCAUCUCACCGACUCCCCACUCUUGACCUCUGUCAGUGUGUCGGAUUCUCGAGGCCUUUGCGUCUCGCUCCACACCUGGACAAUGACCAACAUGUAUUCACCUGAACAGUUCAUGAACCCCGGACCGGCCCCUCGCCCCCCCGGCGACCGUCCCAAGCUGAAUCUCCCCCCAGCUCAGUCCGCAGCCACCUCAUUUAGCCAAAUGAACCUAAACUCCCCGAGCACGCCAGGAUCCGGCAACUUGUCUCUGUUCCCCAAUACCAGUUCGACUUCCCUCAUGCCGACCAAAACGAACCAGUCCCUACAGGGCGGGGUUGCCGUGAUUAAAGAGGGCUAUGUGCGCUCCAAAGAGGACAAGUUUCUGGCCACUUGGAACCAGCGAUAUCUGAUUCUGCGGGAGUUCCGCUUGGACUUUCUGAAGAAUGAGACCGGGAAGGUCGUUCUUUCCAUCCCACUCUCGACUGUCACCGGGGUUUCGCGCUCGGAAGACACGCGGAUGGCCUUCGAGAUCGUCCGCCUGGCCAACCCGAAAGAUGCCUCAUCUAAGUCGGCCCUGAUUACUCGCGACGUGCCUACCAAGAGCAUCACCUGUGAAGUGAAGAGUGACGACGAGAUCUACGACUGGAUCGAUAAGAUCUACGAACGCUGUCCCGGCAUGGGUGGCGUGAGUAACCCGACCAAUUUCAGCCAUCGCGUCCAUGUCGGCUUUGAUCCACAAACCGGAGCCUUUGUUGGCCUGCCGCCCGAGUGGGAAAGACUGUUAACGGCCUCGGCCAUUACGAAGGAGGACUACAAGAAGAACCCCCAGGCCGUCAUCGAAGUGCUGGAGUUCUAUUCGGAUAUCAAGAUGCGCGAGCAAAACCCCCAGUAUUAUGCAGGGCUUGGCUCAACCUCCUCCAGCCAGUCAUCGAAAUCCUACAAUAAUGGCUCCAUGGGCAACUCGAUUGCGCCCCCACGACCACCACCGCCUGCUCCCUCGCAGCGCCUGGACAGUGGCCCUUCGAGUCGCUCAUCUCCUGUCCAGUCACAGGGUAAACCCGAGUCGGAUCGGGCACUGGAGCAGCAGCAGCAACUGGAACGGAUGAAGGAGAUGGCGGAGCAGGAGCGCCGCCGGGUGGAGGUCGAUGUUCGCCGGGCGCGCCUGCGCGAAGACGAGCAGAACCGGCUCGACCAAGAAGUGUACAAUGCCUCUCUACCAAAGACCCGUGUCCCCCUCGCUAAGCAGGAACUGGGAGGCUACGGUGGUCCCGAACCCUCGGUGAAUGACCGCUAUAAACCAAGCCGCCCUGCCCCGCAGGCUCCGGGAUCAGGCCGAUCCCAAGAUCCUUCUCGCCACCUGACAGCUCAGCGCCCAGCGCCAUCUCCGCCAACUGCUUCAAACCAGGGACACCGGCCUGGAGACUAUGGGUCUUCACGCGCCCCUGGCUCUCGGCCAGACGAGGGUUCCCCCAGCUCACGAUACCCUCCGCAUGAUGCCCGGGCUCAACCAUCCGCUACGCGCGCUCCGAACAGCAACGCUAAGGGACCACCGGCUCAGGGACCUCCUCCCACGAAACUUCCCGCUCCUGUGCAGCCCGUGAAACCCCUGAACAUCGCAAACAAGCAGACCACUAAUAAGGCGAAUGUCCCCGAUGGCGUCCGUCAGGCCGAGGCUGCGUUGACCAAGAAGCCAGAGCAACCCCGACAGAGGGAGGUUCGCAUGUCUAACAUGAGUGAAAAUGAAGUGAUGGAUCGUCUCAGAUCGGUGGUUUCUAAAGAUAACCCUAACGAAUCCUACAGCAAGCAACGCAAGAUCGGUCAAGGUGCGUCGGGAUCUGUGUACGUGGCACGGGUAAAGGAGCAUGCCGUUUCCCCAGUUGCGCGGGAGAUGUAUCGCCAAUACGGCCCCCGGUGCCAGGUGGCUAUCAAGCAGAUGGACCUGCGCAGCCAGCCCCGAAAGGAGCUAAUCGUUAACGAAAUUAUUGUGAUGAAGGACAGCCAGCAUGCGAACAUCGUCAACUUCCUGGACUCGUUCCUACAGGAACAGAGCAAUGAGCUCUGGGUUGUCAUGGAGUUCAUGGAGGGCGGUGCCUUAACGGACGUCAUUGACAACAACCCCGUGAUCCAGGAGGAUCAAAUCGCCACGAUAUGUGCAGAGACCUGCCAAGGACUGGCUCAUCUGCAUAGCCAGAAUAUCAUUCAUCGUGACAUCAAGAGUGACAACGUUCUUCUUGAUCGCGCCGGCCACGUCAAGAUCACCGAUUUUGGGUUCUGUGCUAAGCUCACCGAGUCGAAAAACAAGCGUGCAACGAUGGUCGGCACUCCAUACUGGAUGGCACCCGAAGUGGUCAAACAGAAGGAAUACGGCCCUAAAGUCGAUUGCUGGUCUCUAGGAAUCAUGGCCAUCGAGAUGAUUGAGUCGGAGCCUCCUUACUUGAACGAGGAACCACUCAAAGCCUUGUACCUCAUCGCGACAAAUGGUACCCCCCGUCUGAAGAAACCGGAGAAGCUGAGCAAGGAGCUUAAGUCCUUCCUCAGUGUCUGCCUCUGUGUCGAUGUCCGCAGCCGUGCCACCGCAGACGAGUUGUUGGCCCAUGAGUUCCUCAAAACUGGCUGCAGCCUCGCCAGCUUGGCCGAGUUAUUGCGGUGGAAGAAAAACAAUGGACAGUGA